AUGGGUAAACUUUCCACGCCUCCCGUCGUCGUUCCUUCCGACGUCACCAUUUGCGAGAACCUUUACUCCACUGGCCCUCGCGAGCUCACUUUCGCCGAGAAGUUUGGCUUAUUCCUCACGCCUAACCCUUACCGCAUAAACUACACUAAAAACGAUCGCUAUGAGCUGGAAUCCGUGUUAUCGAAGAAGUAUUCCGACGACCCCGACUACAUCACUGACAUUUUACUGGCUAGACAGAGGUCGAUUAGCAAACUCGUCUCUGCUAAGCUCUUCACCUUCGCUGGCUUCGUUGGAUCAAGUGCUUUAACUUUAUAUUCUCUCCGCUUCCAUUCCAUUAAGACCAAGGUUAUCGUCACUCCUUUCGUUUCCUAUUUUGGUCUUUUGGUUGGUCAGCAGGUUGGGAAUCUUUACUACGGUCGCUGGAGUGAGUUUGGCCGUGACCGUGCCCUUGGAAUGCUUCCUGCCAAGCGUCUUUUGACUAAGGAGGAGCAGGAGCGGUAUUUAAAUCCAUCUUAA